AUGCGGGUGCUGGGGGAUCAGCGAUCAGGCCGUGCGAUCGGGGGACCGCUUCAUUUUUGUGUACAAUACGGCCUCGAGGGCAAGCUUCGAAGAGUUCAAGUUUACACGCGAGAGGCUGAUGACCACACUCCUCGACCGCGAGCUACGGAAGGGCAUGACGGACCAAUUGCACAUGGGGUGGUAUGGCACCUCAUCACCUCGUGCACAUGCAGGGCUACAUCCCAGUUCUUAAACUCUGAGUUUGAUGUGGCCAGGCGGCUCCCGCUGAUGAUUGUUGGCUAUCACAAGAGCGACAAGAUUCGACAAGUGCCCACAUCGGAGGGAAAGAGGUACUCAGAGUACUACAAGUGCGCCUUUAAGGAAGUGCGACAGGACGACCCGGUCGGGGUGGAGGAAUGCAUCCGGGAUAUGUUGGCCGAGGAGUAUGGCUUAAUUGCCUCACAAAAGUCCGCCGUGGCUACGAUUGAGCGGGAGGCGGUGGCUGACGUGAGCAGCUUAACCGAAUAUGAAAUCGCGGUGAUGGGAGACUUGUUCGUGGGCAAGACCUGCCUCAUUCGAAAGUUGAUCUCCAACACUUUCGCUCCACGAUACGUCAGCACAGGAGAGGAGCACAAACAAAAGUAUCGCUUGGGACUUGAUGGCAAAAGCUACAUCCUUCGCUUGACCGACACCUCAGGCAUGAUUCCGCUAGACAGUCUAACCAAGGAGUAUCUGCUACCGAUGCAAGGCUUCAUCCUGGUGUACAGCGUCACGUCCCGAGGCAGCUUCGACAGACUGACCGAGCUCUACCCGCUCAUACACAAGCACAAAACCGAGACCAAGCUCCCACACGUCAUCGUGAUCGUGGGCAAUAAGGCCGACGAACAUUUUGGAAGACAGGUGAGUUUCGAGGAGGGCAGUCAAUUAGCGCGACAGCUGGGCUCGGCCUUUUUCGUGGAGUUGUCUGCGAAAGAGGAGAACGUAGAGGAGCCCUUCGCCCAGUGCGUGCGGUAUCUGCUGGCGCACGAGGCCAGCGCAGCUCCGUUGUCGCAGAGCCAAGGCGAGAUGGAGAAGGCGGGCUCUCUUCAGAUGAUGGAGAAGCGACGGUGGAGGUCACGCAAUUUCUCAGUUCGAGAAGGUACCCUCAGUUUCACCAGCAACAUCUCCAUCGGCGCGACCAAGGGCACCUUUCCCCUGACGCCAGGAGUUGCCGUGAAAGAGCACCCGGCCGACGUGAAGAUCGGGUUUCCGUUCGAGAUCUCGAGUACAGACUUCGGGGAGAUCUGGUUGCUGGCAGCCUCCACCAGCGAAGAACGGAGCGCGUGGGUGGCGUCGAUACGUCUCAACGCCAGCAAGGGAACCAAGGCAGAAGAGAGCUUCGGGGCCUCAAGAAGUGAUGAACACGAACUCAGGAAACACACCACACUCCCUGCCGACAUUCCUUCGCCCGCUGGGCUGCCGCCCAUCAGCCACUCCAUAAUGGAGUUCAUGGACUCUUCGUCCAAGGGGAGUCACACACCCACCUACACCACGAAUCCAAUAUGGCGCUCCCACGAGUUGGGGAUGUUUGCGUCCCCGUCAACAGUAAGUGGCUCGCCGCUCAGCAAGAAGGCUCUUGGGGACAAGGUCACUUCGUUGUGGCGUCGCGACACCAAGGUCGCCAAGAAGAACAAGAAGGACGAUAGAAAGCACAGCUGA